GCUCAUCUUAAUUGACAAUCAGAUAUUUAAGCAUGUGUAGACGAUACACUUUUCAAAUACUCGGACAUUUCCCUGAAAGUUUAUCAGCUUGAAAUUUUUUUCGUAAUAAAUCUUUUAUUUUAUAGUGGUGAAAACUUUUUAUUUAACCAAAAUUAGAAAAGUACUCCUGGUGCAAGGCUAUUUGGGUAACAUUCUUAGAAAUAUUAAUUAGUUUAGCUAGUUUCGAUCAAAAAAUAUGAAUUAAAGAUAGGUUUUGGAUGCAUAACCUGAUAAAAUAUUCGCUUCAACAUUUAUAUGCAAAUAAAUCUCUAAAUUUGUGGGGAAAAAAAAUUUAGACUCCAAAUUAUUGAAAUUUUUACGAAAUGGUUUACGGUCCCAAAUUUACAAGGAUAGUAUGGAGAUGGAGGCAGUUUUUAUUUUUAUCUUUUUUUUGUCCGAAGAUAAAAAAAAAGCAGCUUAUAUUCAAAUUUUUAUUAUAAAGUUUAGCUGGCUUGAAUUUUUCAUCGAGAUUCCCAAAUCGGCGUUGUCGAUGUAUCGUAUAUGUGAAAAUAAGGUUGAGAACCAAGAACGCUAAUAAACUAGGGUUUUAAUCAGAAGCAUCAUAAUCUGAAUAUAUUCUUGCUGUCGCUCGUGUGUUUGUGUUUGACCAUAGUUGACUAAUAACUAAGUUAAAGUGAAAGUUUAUGGCUAAAAUCGAAAUGAGCUAAGUAGUGGCCAAGUGGUGACUAAAUAAAUUGCCAACUCCAUAGCCAUUGGCCCAUUGUUGCUAACUUUCAGUAGGCAAUUAGACCAUCAACAUCGCUAGGGUAUCAUAUAAGAGUAGGCAAUCAAUCCAUCUAUCUGUUACAAAAAGAUUCUAUUUGUUAAAAGAUUGUUGCAAAUUCCUUGGCCAUAUCAAAAAGUUCCUGUAGACUCCCGCUUCACCACCUUUUCUUUUUAUUAUGCACCAAACAGUGUGGCUCUUCUCCAUCAUGUUCUUGUUUUUUACGUAAAGCACAUGCAGUUGAUUAAAUGGAGUUUAUUUCUAAUAUUCCUUUUGAUUAAGUUUGUAUUAUGCAUAUGGCAAAAUCAUUUACAAGAAAGAUCAUGAUCUUUGAUUCUCUGCACUACUUUAAAGAAAUUAAAGAACAACAAAAAUAUAAUAAACCCAGUCGCUGGAUCACAUGAGAAAAAUAUGUCAAUAAAUUAAAAUAAGACUAUUUUGGAUCGAAAAAUGAGACAAUAUAUAUAAUUUUUUACGUUUCGAGAUAUCAACUUGUCAUGGGUAGAAUCGCCUCUGAAAACCCACGUGAUUCUCUAUAUUUUAUUGUUUCUUUUUUGUAUUUAUAUGUAGUUCAUUUGAUAUCUACAAUGCGGUUAAAUUGGAGUUCAUAAUUUGCAAGAGCAAGACAGGGACUAAAGUUUCAAAAUCAUUCCUUGCUUCGGCUCUCUUUGUCCUUGAUUUGGUCAAGCUUCAGGGCUCUUCACAGAGCCAUUGAUGUCAAACCGCAUUGCAAACGUAUCGGUUGAAGGUGACAUAGGGAUGUCAGAGAGGAGAACUAGCAACGAAGGAGAAGUCGUUAUCAAUGUUUCAGAAGGGUCAAGAGACCAAUCAGCAGCUCCUUCCAAGGUAGCUGAGUCAGAUGCGGGGACCGUGAAACCAGAUCCCUUAAUCAUCCCACCUCCUGAAAGCUAUAAGUUCUCUGGCAGCACUCAUAAGCCGCCUAAAGUUCCAACUGAAGGUCUAACUCGGAGGAAAUCUCUUGCGAGGUCAGUUUACUCCAAGCCCAACUCAAGGUUUGGGCAACAACAGUCCUAUCGGUACGAUAAAAGUACUAUUGUUGAGGAAAAUGGUGGAACCCUUAGGGAACAUUUUGGAGCUGCCUCGUUUUCAAGGAACUCUUUUAAUAGAGCUUCCCCUAAUAACAAUUCGAAUAGGAGUGUUCGCUCAAAUGCUGCCAUGAGUAAAGUUGCUGAGGAGGAAACCGAUGAAAAUGAGGAAAUCUACGAAAAGGUUAAGCUGCACCGAGUGAAGCGUGGUGGAAUGAAACCUCUGGCUCUCCUUGAGUUUCUACUUUUUUUAGUCAUUCUUUGUACUUUGGUCGUGAGUUUAACAAUUGAUAAGGUGAAGGAGCAUUCCAUUUGGGGAUUGGAAGUUUGGAAAUGGUGUGUUCUUGUGAUGGUGACUUUUAGCGGCAUGUUGGUGACGAACUGGUUCAUGCAUUUAGCGGUGUUCAUCAUAGAGAAGAACUAUCUCCUACGUAAGAAAGUGUUGUAUUUUGUGCAUGGUUUGAAGAAGAAUGUUCAAGUCUUCAUUUGGUUCAGCUUGGUUCUUGUUGCUUGGGUCUUUCUCUUCGACCAUGACGAGAAACGCUCUCGUAAGGCCACCAAGUUUCUCGACUUCAUAACAUGGACUAUCGUCUCCCUUCUGGUCGGGUCAAUCAUUUUCUUGGUGAAGACAUUUGCCUUGAAAAUCCUUGCUUCAAAGUUCAACGUCAGAAACUUCUUCGAGAGGAUUCAAGAGUCUGUCUUCCACCAGUACGUUCUCCAGACACUCUCCGGACCUCCGCUUAUAGAAGAGGCGGAGAGCGUUGGGCGCGUGCCGAGUACGGGCCAUCUUAGUUUCACGAGCACCAAGAAUGGAACGGUGAAAGGGAAAAAAGUGCUUGAUAUGGGAAAGGUUCACAAGAUGAAACAAGAGAAGGUCUCUGCUUGGACAAUGCGAGUUUUGAUUGAAGCGGUUGGAGCUUCAGGUCUCUCGACCAUAUCCAACACUUUGGAUGAGUGUAGCAAUCAGAAAGAGAAAGCUGAUAAAGAGAUAACUAACGAGAUGGAGGCUGUGGCUGCUGCUUAUGAUAUUUUCAAUAAUGUUGCUCAGCCAGACCACAAUUAUAUAGAGGAAGAUGACUUAUUGAGGUUCAUGAUUAAGGAAGAGGUAGACCUUGUACUACCAUUAAUAGAAGGUGGUGAGACCGGAAAAAUCACACGCAACGCUUUUACAGAUUGGGUGAUUAACGUUUACACAAGUCGGAAAGCAUUAGGACAUUCACUGAACGACACAAAAACCGCGGUUAGACAAGUGGACAAACUUAUAACCGGAGUCUUAUCCGUCAUCACUUUCAUCAUUUGGUUGGUGCUUCUAGAUAUAGCAACAACCAAGUUCUUGGUGGUCUUCUCCUCACAAUUCGUGGGUCUUGCUUUCAUGAUCGGAAGCACUUGCAAGAAUAUCUUUGAGUCCUUUGUGUUUGUCUUCGUGAUGCACCCUUAUGACGUAGGUGAUCGUUGCGUUGUCGACGGUGUACUGUUGCUGGUUGAAGAAAUAGAUCUUUUAACUACCGUGUUCCUCAAGCUUGACAACGAGAAAGUGUUCUAUCCAAAUGCGAUUUUAAUCUCGAAACCAAUAAGCAAUAUGUACAGAAGUCCAGACAUGGGAGAUUCAAUAGAAUUCUCCAUUGCAUUCUCAACGCCUGCCGCGAAAAUUGCCACUCUCAAGGAAAAAGUAGCAGAGUUCUUGGUGCAGAACCCACAAAACUGGUAUCCAGAACCAUUGUUGAUGGUGAAGGCGAUUGAGAAUGUGAACAAGCUGAAUUUGAAUCUGCUAGUAACACACACCAUGAACUUCCAAAACUUCGGAGAGAAGAAUCUCAGAAGAACCGGGCUGAUCAUCGCUCUUAAGCGAAUACUUGAGGAGCUUGAGAUCGAUUACACCCUUCUUUCUCAAGAAGUUCACCUCACCGGUCACAAAUGAGUGAAAGACCACUCUUCCUUCUCUUCUUAUUGCAUUUACUAAAGUAGUACUAGUUAGCUUCAUUUGCUUCAGUUUAAUUUUCAACUCAUAAAACUUAAUGUGGUUUCCAUUUUCUUUGAGUACCAACGUUACUUUUCGGUAUGGGUUCCUUUUUGUUUA